GGCAGUUUGUUGUUGUCAUCCUCGUCCACCGCUGUUCCGCUGGCUUUCACUGUUUUGGCUGUUUGCGCUCCGUUAUGGUCUCCAGCUUUAACUCGUAUUUAAUUUUUUUAAAUUGGUAAUUAUUGCUUUCAUUUUUUUUGUUUUUUUACUUAUUGUUUUGGAACUGUACUUACUUCCCCUCGUGCGGUAAAACAAGCAGCAAAUGAUCAAAGUGAGUUAGCCGAAGCGCGUGAAGUAAACUAGCCGCGGUAACCAUGGAGGCGUCGAGAUGACAAGCUGCUGGAACACGUAGUUGCAAUGAGCACUUUUGGGGGAGGAUAGGUGUGUUACAAUAGCGGUGCUCUUCGCCUCCUGGACCAAAGCGGAGGACUUGGCUUGAUGUGAAGUUGAGAGUCGAGCCGCAGGAGGAGAAAAAGCGGAGUCUCCUCCUGGAGCGAGGCAUGACGCCUCGGUGCUCGGUGAUUCCUGACGCCAGCUACGGUCAGUGUUCUACUUUGCUGCUGUGAGGUAGAGCAGCUGCACUUUUCCUGGGAAGCGGUGACAGACGGACACAUAGGCUGCCCUGUGAAGUGUUCUCCUUUACAUGGAUGCUAGCGUGGUGUUGCUGCAGAUAUGGGCAGUUCUUGUCCUCCUGACAAUACAGCUGAAGUGGGGUGAUGCUGAAGAUGUGUACACCAACACUUGGGCUGUCCAGAUCAGUGGUGGGCCAGAGGAGGCUGACCUCAUUGCUAGGAAACAUGGUUUCGUCAACCACGGCAGUGUUUUUGGAGAUUAUUAUCACUUCAAGCAUCAUGCCGUGGAGAAAAGGGCUUCGUCUGGCCACAGGCGAGUGCACAUCAGACUGCAAAAUGAACCACAGGUGCUGUGGGCAGAGCAGCAAGUGGUUAAAAAACGAAAGAAGAGAGACGUCUACGAGGAGCCAUCAGACCCAGAUUUCCCCAAGCAAUGGUACCUGUAUAACCCAGCUGAUCAGGACCUGAAUACCAAAGUUGCAUGGGCACAAGGCUACACAGGAAAAGAUGUGGUGGUGACUAUCUUGGAUGAUGGCAUUGAGAAAGACCACCCUGACCUUGUCAGCAAUUACGAUCCUAAAGCCAGCUAUGAUGUCAACGAUGGAGAUGAUGAUCCCCAACCGCGAUACACACAACGGAAUGAGAACAGACAUGGAACCCGAUGUGCUGGCGAAGUUGCAGGUGCAGCUAACAAUGGAGUGUGUGGUGUAGGUGUGGCAUAUAAUGCUAAAAUUGGAGGAGUACGCAUGUUGGAUGGGGAGGUGACAGACGUGGUGGAGGCCCACUCUCUCAGCCUCAGCCCUCAGCACAUCCACAUUUAUAGUGCCAGCUGGGGCCCAGAAGAUGACGGCAAAUCACUGGAUGGUCCUGCCAAGCUGGCGAAGGAAGCGUUCCUCCAGGGAAUCACCAAGGGCCGCGGAGGACUAGGCUCUAUCUUUGUGUGGGCCUCUGGUAACGGUGGCAGAGAACAGGACAACUGUAACUGUGAUGGCUACACAAACAGCAUUUACACCCUAUCCAUCAGCAGCACCACCCAGUCUGGCAAUGUGCCGUGGUACAGUGAGGCCUGCUCUUCUACCCUUGCCACCACCUUCAGCUCUGGAAACCCUGGGGAGAAGCAGAUAGUGACCACAGACCUCAAGCAAAAAUGCACAGACUCUCACACAGGUACGUCGGCUUCGGCACCACUGGCUGCUGGAAUCAUCGCCCUGGCUCUGGAAGCCAAUAUGAACCUAACCUGGCGGGAUAUGCAGCACCUGGUGGUGAGAACAGCCCAGCCCGGACACCUCAUCGCCGGCGACUGGAAGACAAAUGGUGUGGGACGUCAAGUGAGUCACUCAUACGGGUAUGGGCUCCUGGAUGCAGGUGCGAUGGUGGCUUUGGCACAGAAUUGGACCUCCGUGGGGCCUCAGCACCAGUGUGUCCACAACAUGCUCACAGAACCAAGAGACAUCGGGAACAAGCUGGUGUUCAGCAAGAGCGUGGAUGCCUGCUGGGGACGACCAGAAUAUGUCAGCUCUCUGGAACACGUUCAGGCUCGCCUCACUCUCUCCCACAGCCAGAGAGGAAAAUUGGCCAUUUAUCUCAUCAGCCCACUGGGCACGCGUUCCACCCUGCUGUUCUCCAGGCCCAAUGAUUUCUCAUCAGAGGGAUUCAACGACUGGGCCUUCAUGACCACCCACUCCUGGGAUGAGGAUCCUCAAGGCGAAUGGACCCUUGAAAUUGAAAAUGUAGCAGCUAAUGGACAUGACUAUGGUGUGUUGAGUCAGUUCACACUCAUCCUGUGGGGUACUGGUCCCAGCGCUGUCAACCCCUCAUCAUCAGACUUCCCUCGGCCGUCCAACAACAGCUGCAAAACAUUUGACGCCCAGCAGAUUUGUAUCGAGUGCAGCCCCGGCUUCUCCCUCUUCCUCCAGGGUUGUGUAAAGUUUUGCCCGCCGGCCUUCACCUCAGGGCCACAGCUCCUCAAUCUCUCCCUGGAGAACUGGGUGGACUUGUCCUCCGUGCAGGCCUGCUUGCCGUGCCACACUGCCUGCCUCACCUGCUCUGGUACUGGACCCACAGACUGUCUCUCCUGCCCACCUCACAGCCACAUGGUCCUCACCUCCUGCCUGCACCAGAACCAGGUUCAGCGCAAAUCUCCUUUUGCUGUGGGAGCUCAAAGUGAUGGAGCCCAGGCAGAAGCGGGGAGCCCAGCAGAAGGUGACGGUGGAGAAGCUGCAGGAGUCCGUCUGUCUGCGUCCUCCCAGCUGCCUGUGCUCGUGGCCGUGCUCAGCUGUGCCUUUAUCCUGGCUGCUUUUGUCGGGGUUUUCUUCUUACUCCAGACGCGGUCAGGUGGAGCCUCCCUUGGCCGGAGGACCAAACUUCCAUCUGUGUAUUCAGAGGCGAGAGGAAUCCGGGUGCGCUUCGGUUUUGGACUCAGCCAGGGACAGGAGAGGAAGGCACGGAUAUGCUACAGAGGAAUCCCCACUGUGUGGGGGGACGAAGACGUGAACACUUACGAGUCUGAAUCAGACAGCGAGGAAGUGGGCGGUCACAGUGAGAGGACGGCUUUUAUCAGGACACAGAGUUCAGUCUAGCGAAUGCCGCCACUGUUCUGUGAGUGCCAACACCAGCAAAGCCACCAGAACAGAGAAGUCCAGACUUUACUGCCCCAUCAGCAUCCCGCCCUCAUGCAGUACAGAAAGUAAUGUGUAUUUAUUUAUUUGUAAUUUAUCGAACAUUUUAACUUCCACAAAGGCGAGCGUCUUUGCACUUGUACUUCACACCAAAAGUUAAGUCUUUGAAUUUUAUUAACUUUGCUGGAAAUAUUGAUGGUAUGACGAGGAGGAUGUGGGUUAUUUCUGUCAGUAACUCAAAAAUUAAUGCCCAUGUUUGAUGAGCCUCUGAUUUGGGUGCCCUGAGUGGAUGCACUGUGCUCUAAUCAGUGCUUUUUAUUUGUAGUGUUUUUUGUUUUUCUUAAAAAGCUACAGUGUGACAGAUUUAUAAGUGUCUGAGAGCAGAAAUGGAAUACAGCAUUCCUAAUCUUUUUUUACUUUAUAAUUACCCGCAGUAACUAGUCAAUAUGCUUUCAUGGGUCCCUCCGUCCCCUAUUUGCCCUAUUGAGAUUAAAACAUGAGCGAAUGCAGAAAAUAUGUGCACCAGUUCACCAAGGUGGUUUCAUAAAAAAAACAAAAAACCUUUCAAAUUCAGAAAAUGCUUGCAAGCAGAGAACACAAAUAUACUCAAAUCAUGUGCAACAGUUUCAUUUGAUAAUGUGUCUUCUGCAAAUUCACAGAACACACAUACACCAAAAAUAUGCUGCAAAUAGCCACAUGAAGUAGCAUUGACCCAAAAAGAGGUUUCUACCCAGAGGACCAUCACGGUGUGCACUCACUCUAUUGUCUUUGCUUGGUUGGCAGAGCUGAUCAAGUUAUUUUAAUUAUUUUUAUUUUUAUUUUUUUGCAUUGCAUUGCAUUGCAUUGAUCAAUGGAAACCAAGAGAAGUCCUUCAGGCAGAAAUCUAUUUUUGUAUUGUUAGAACUUCUGUUGUGUUGUGGAGUUUUGCAGUGUGUCUGUUUGUGCAGGCGCUCUGAAUUUACAGAAGAUGUUAUCAAAUUAAAUUGCCAGUGUUAUCUCAUUUCUUCUUCUUUUUUUUUUUUUUUUAGAAAAUACCUGUUGUUGAACUGAUGCAGGUGUUUCUUGUGUUUGUGCUUUCUGUAUUGUAGUGUAGUCUUCUUAAUUUGGAAGCUUGGCCCCUUAUUGGCCAUCACAGAUAAACAGUUUGUUUCCAAAUCUUGCUGACUUUCAGACAGAUUGUCUGAUCUGGUAAUUGUUUCUAAAUUAUCACACUUCUGCAAAACCUUAAAAAAAAGGCUUCACAUUGAAGCCCAUUUUAACAUCAUCUGAUUUGGAUGAUAUAUUGGCAUGUUUAUUAACAGUUGGAAAUUUUAAAUAAAAAUAAAAAAUUGAAGAUUUCUGCAGCCUAGUUGGACGUGCAAAAUAAUCCGUGCUGGAGGCUGUUUGAUCAAGAAACUGUGGAGGAUGCUCCAUUUUCAAUCACAGCACACUGGGAUUUACUGCUGCAGACUCUCCGAAAUAUCACUCACAAAAUUUACUUUAUUAUAACGGCCAAGGAUUGUGCCCAGUUCUGAUGUGGAAAAAAAAUAAAUGUUCAGUCCAAAGCUGCUUGGCUGACCUUUGUAGCAUUUUUCUGCUUGGUUGCUGCUGGUAGGAAAUUGGGUUUGUUUUGUUUUGUUUUUUCUUCCACCACAGAAGUUCUAUUGAUUCUGGGAUUCACACUCACAAAGUGUUCAUCUUUUUCAAAGAGAAACAUGUGCCCUAUUUUGCAUUAUUAACAAUGUAGCCUUGUGGUUUCACAUCAUCAUGAGACCCAAUGGCCAGAAA